UUGGCAGAGGAUCAGAGUCAAUGUCAGAGGCAAGCAAAUACUGAGUGCUGUGUCACAGUCCUCUGUAUGAGGGGAGGACCAUCCAUCUUUUUAGGUGGGGAAAAGACCUAAUCCGUACCUCCAGAGCCAUCAAAACCGGCAACAUUUCAGGAUGAAUUUCCCAUGCCAAGCAGUUUAUUUCCUUUUCUUCUUGGCUACAGUGACCAGUGAGUGUGUGACUCAGUUUGAUGAAAACACCUUCUUUAAAGGAGGAGAUGUGGGUGCAGUGCAUACCCCAACUGCUGAGACCUGCCAGAGAGUGUGCACCUUCCACCCCAGGUGUAUACUGUUUAGCUUUCUACCAGCAAACUCCAUUACUGAUGAAAACAAAAGGUUUGGUUGCUUCUUAAAGGACAGCAUUACUGGAACUCUUCCAAAAAUGACUAGGACAAAUGCAAUUUCUGGGCAUUCCUUAAAAGAAUGUAUUUACCAAAGAAGUGCUUGUAUCAAGGAGAAAUAUGUAGGACUUGAUUGCGAGGGUGUGAAUUUCGACAAAAUCAAAGUGAACUCUGUUGAAGAAUGCCAAAAACAAUGUACAAACCAUCCCCUUUGCCACUUUUACACAUAUGCCACAGAGACGUUCUACAGACCGGAUUUUCGAAACACAUGUCUGCUGAAGCACAGCCCAUCAGGAAACCCCAACACCAUCAAGAUGCUCGAUGGCUUGGUGUCAGGUUACUCCCUGAGGCCCUGUGGAAUUUCUGAUAAGGGUUGCCAAAUGCAAAUUUUUCAAGAGAUGUCAUUUUCUGAUGAAGAUGUUGGCAGGGUGAUUGCUCCAGAGGCUUCAGUAUGCCGCACUAUUUGCAGCUAUCACCCAAACUGCUUAUUUUUUACAUUCUAUACAAACACAUGGCAUAUAGAAUCAGAAAGAAAUAUGUGUAUUCUUAAGACAUCAAAAAGUGGAAAACCAAGCUCUGCGAUACCACAGAACAAUGUUUACUCAGGAUAUAAUGUUCUGGACUGCAAAUAUCCUCCUGAACAAUGCCAAAGAAAAACUUAUGCUGGUAUGGACUUUGAAGGGGAUGAAUUGGAAAUUGUCUAUGUUCAAGGACUUCGGGCUUGUCAAGAAAGCUGUACAAAGAAAGUCCGCUGUCAGUUUUUCACAUAUACACCCCAUCAAGGAGAAUGCCAGGAAGACAAGUGUAAAUGUUCCUUAAAAAUAUCUUCAGAUGGUUCCCCAACUAAAAUAAUCCAUGAGACAAAAGGUAUCUCUGGUUAUUCUUUAAGACUGUGUAAAGAGACAAGCAUCUCUGUCUGCCCAAAGACAGCACUAACAGGAAGGAUUGUGGGAGGCAGUAGAUCUGUUGCACAAGAGUGGCCGUGGCAAGCUUCCUUACACGUCAAACUGAGAACACAGACUCAUGUAUGUGGAGGCUCAAUCAUCGGGAAACAGUGGGUCAUAACAGCUGCCCAUUGCUUUGAUGACCUAUCAUCACCUGAUAAUUGGAGAAUUUAUACUGGCAUUUUAAAUCAGUCAGAAAUACAGGCUGACACACCUUUCUCCAGGGCUAAAAAGAUUAUUAUCCACCCUCAAUAUGAAAUUUCAGAAACGAGACAUGAUAUUGCCUUAAUCAAGCUCGAAGUUCCCAUGAAUUUCACUGGUCUGCAAAAAUCUAUCUGCUUGCCUCUAAAAGAAGAUUCAAACAUGCCUUAUACCAACUGCUGGGUGACUGGAUGGGGCUUUAACCAGGAAAACGGUGAAAUCCAAAAUACUCUUCAGAAGGCCAGAAUUCCCCUCAUCCCCAUUGAAGAAUGCCGGGAAAAAUACAUUAAAUAUAAAGUAACCGAUCAGAUGAUAUGUGCUGGCUAUAAAGAAGGGGGUAAAGAUGCUUGUAAGGGAGAUUCAGGUGGCCCCUUGUCUUGUGAGUACAUGGGAAUAUGGCAACUAGUUGGCAUCACCAGCUGGGGAGAUGGUUGUGCUAAAAAGGAUCACCCGGGUGUUUACACCAAAGUGAAUACAUAUCUGGACUGGAUUUUAGAGGUCACGCAAAACAUGCCUUGAUGAAGCUGGCUGCUUGUGAAUGGAACACUGAAGUGGCUUACAGUCAAGAAUAGCAGAUGAUGAACCAAGAGGUCUGGAUAAUCCACAGAGAAACAAUCAGAAAUGGAAGGCUCAAGAGUUGGUUUUGGGAAUGAGUAACUCUGGCAAAAACAAACAGGAAUCUCAGAGGCUACAAUAAAUCAAAACAAGAUGCCGCUAUCUCAGCCUGUAAUUGACAUCUGGAACUUUGACCUAUGUUGUUUUUCAAUUUAAAAAAAAAAUAAAGACAUGACUUGUAUUCUUUUA